AUGGAGACUUGGACCUCAAGGCCUGGGGAGAGAGCUGUCUGCUCUCAAGCCUCAGCCCUUUCUCAGGAUGGGGAGGACAAGACCGAGUUUCAGGAGCCAUUGACCUUCAGGGACGUGGCGGUGGUCUUCACUGAGGAGGAGCUGAGGCUGCUGGACCGCGCCCAGAGGAAGUUGUACCGAGACGUGAUGCUGGAGAACUUUAGGAAUCUGCUCUCUGUGGGUAAGGGAAACCCCAUAGGAGACAAGAAUGAAAAGGAAAUGGAGUAUAUUCAAGAAAGAGAUUUAAAGUGCCUUUCCUCCAGGGAGCUCUCCUACUGGAAAAUCUGGGAACAGGUGACUGGUGAAUUAACUGGGAGUCAGGAUCAUAGAGUAAAUCUUCAAGGGAAAAGUUUCCAGUUCUCAGAAGACGCUUCUCCCUGCCAAGGGUGGGAAGGAGCACCUGCUCGGGGUUCACACAUUGACAAUCUGGUGGGCAGUCUACAGAGACCCAUCGGCUCAGAAAAUCAAGAGUUUCCACCCUGGAAAGCUGUAAGACCGGUGUCCGGUCAAGAUUCUUGGUUGAAAGCCCUUGUGAAUGAGCCGUGGAACAUUCGCGAAAUGUGUAAAAAACUUGACAGGCCAGAUACAAUAUAUAAACAUGAGGGGGACAGUUACGACUUCAGCUGGAUAUCACGUUGUCACAUUGACCACAGAUUACCUGAAAGAGAGAGACCCUGUAAUUGCUAUCAGUGUGGAAAGGACCACGUUAAAAAGCCGAUACUUCAUCGCCCUAACAACCCCCAAGAGUAUGACCGGAAAAGAAAUGACUGUGGAAACGGCUUCAGGGAAGAGUCCCACCUUCCCGCUCAUCCAAGAGGGCCCUCGAGAGAGAAACCCCAUAAAAACGAGUUCAGUCCGGGCUUGAGGCCACCCGCCCACCUCGAGAGACCUCAAAGGACUCCUUCGGGCGAGAAAGCCUCUAAAAGUAAGGAGUGCGGCCGGGGCCCGCGGCAGAACCCGCGCGGGCCCAGCAGGCCCCGGGCCCCUGCCGCGGAGAUGCCCUACAGGUGCGAUGUGUGUGGGAAGGGCUUCCGGUACCAGUCGAUCCUCCUCAUUCACCAGGGCGUGCAUACGGGCAAGAAGCCGUAUGCGUGCGAGGAGUGUGGGAAGGCCUUCGGCCGCAGCUCAAACCUGCUGGUCCAUCAGAGGGUCCACACCGGCGAGAAGCCGUACAAAUGCGGCGAGUGUGGGAAGGGCUUCAGCUACAGCUCGGUGCUGCAGGUGCACCAGCGGCUGCACACGGGCGAGAAGCCCUACACGUGCAGCGAGUGCGGCAAGGGCUUCUACGCCAAGUCGGCGCUCCACAAGCACCAGCACGUGCACCCCGGGGAGAAGCCCUACAGCUGCGCCCAGUGCGGGAAGGGCUUCACGUGCAGCUCCCACCUCAGCAGCCACCAGAAGGCGCACGCGGGCCAGAAGCCCUACCAGUGUGACAAGUGCGACAAGGGUUUCAGCUACAACUCGUACCUCCAGGCGCACCAGCGCGUCCACACGGGGCAGCGGCUCUUCGAAUGCGACGUGUGCGGCAAGAGUUUCAGUUACAGCUCGGGGCUCCUCAGGCACCAAAGGCUGCACACGGGCGAGAAGCCCUACAAGUGCGAGUGCGGGAAGGGCUUCGGCCGCAGCUCGGACCUGCACGUCCACCAGAGGGUCCACACCGGCGAGAAGCCCUAUAAGUGCGUUGAGUGCGGGAAGGGCUUCCGGCGGAAUUCAGACCUGCAUAGUCACCAGAGGGUCCACACGGGCGAGCGGCCCUUCGUGUGCGACGUGUGUGGGAAGGGCUUCAUUUACAGCUCCGACCUCCUCAUCCAUCAGAGGACGCACACAGGCGAGAAGCCCUACAAAUGUGCCGAGUGCGGCAAAGGCUUCAGUUACAGCUCGGGGCUCCUCAUCCACCAGAGGGUGCACACUGGCGAGAAACCUUACAAAUGCGAAGAGUGCGGUAAGGGCUUCCGGUGCACCUCAAGUCUCUACAAGCACCAGCGCAUCCACACGGGCAAGAAGCCCUACACGUGUGAUCAGUGCGGCAAGGGCUUCAGUUACGGCUCCAAUCUCCGCACCCACCAGAGGCUGCACACGGGCGAGAAGCCCUACACGUGUUACGAGUGCGGCAAGGGCUUCAGAUACGGCUCGGGGCUCCUCAGUCACAAGAGGGUGCACACCGGGGAGAAGCCUUAUAGAUGCGACGUGUGCGGGAAGGGCUACAGUCAGAGCUCACACCUUCAGGGUCAUCAGAGGAGGGUCCACACGGGCGAGAAGCCCUACAAAUGCGAGGAGUGUGGGAAGGGCUUUGGCCGAAGCUCCUGUCUUCACGUCCACCAGAGGGUCCACACGGGCGAGAAGCCCUACACGUGCGGGGAGUGCGGGAAGGGCUUCAGCUACAGCUCGGGCCUGCGGAAUCAUCAGCGGGUGCACGGGAGUGAGAAACCUGACAAGUAG